CAGCUCUAACAAAUAUGACUUUUCUCUCUCUCCUGUCACUCAUUCAGCUCGGACUUCUCUACCAGACGAUCACUGAGAGUGAGUGAGUGUGUCCAUCAUGAAUGUUCUUAUGCCCUCCAUGCUAGGGGACGACCCACACAUGAUGGCUGAGCCGGCGGUCCAGAUCUUCGAGCAGCCCCGGCAGCGGGGGAUGCGCUUCAGGUACAAGUGUGAGGGUCGCUCAGCCGGCAGCAUCCCCGGAGAGAAUUGCUCCGACAACAACAGGACCUACCCCAGCCUGCAGAUCCUGAAUUACUCUGGGAAAGGUAAGGUGCGUGUUUACCUGGUGACGAAGAACGAGCCCUAUCGGCCGCAUCCACAUGACCUGGUUGGGAAGGACUGCAAAGACGGAUUCUACGAGGCCGAGUUCGGUCCCGACCGCAGAGUGAUUGUUUUCCAGAAUCUGGGCAUCCAGUGUGUGAGGAGGAGGGAAGUGAAGGAAGCCAUCGUACAGAGGAUCACCAGAGGGAUUAACCCCUACAGCGUGCCACGUGAGCAGCUGCUGCAGACAGAGGAGUAUGACCUGAACGUGGUUCGCCUUUGCAUCCAGGUUUCCCUGCAGGAUGAGACUGGGCAUUACACCCAGUCGCUCAACCCCAUUGUCACCAACCCCAUCUAUGACAACAGGGCCCCAAAUACAGCAGAGCUGAGGAUCUGUCGGGUCAACAGGAACAGUGGCACUGUCAAAGGAGGAGAUGAGAUCUUCCUACUGUGCGACAAAGUACAGAAAGAUGACAUUGAGGUGCGAUUCUUCUCCCCUGACGGCUGGGAGGCUAAAGGCUCCUUCUCCCAGGCUGACGUUCAUCGCCAGGUAGCCAUCGUCUUCAAGAGUCCUUCCUACUACGACACCUCCAUUACAGAGUCGGUCACUGUGCACAUGCAGUUGCGAAGACCUUCUGAUCAGGAAGUCAGCGAGAGUAUGGAGUUCAGAUAUUUGCCUGAUGACAAAGACCCUUACGGCUACAAUGAGAAAAAGCGCAGAAGAGAGCACUUGAUGAAGAUGUCAGGAUUAUCAGGUGGUCCCUUUUCUGGUCUGGCUUUGAACAGGCCAAAGGCAGUGUCACAGACUACCAUGAGUCAAAUGCGUAAAGACCCAAGCAUGUACCUAAGGACACACCCCAUAUCUACGAUGCAGCAGCAACCUGCUAUGUUCAACCCAUCUUACCAGCCAGGGCCCCGGAAUGUGAUGAUGCCAUCAACGGCGCGUAAUCUACAAAUCAGCCAAUCUUGGGCAAACCAAAGCGCUACACUCUCAAUGGACACGGUCACCAUAAACCCCUCUGUUCCCAUGAACAAUAUGCCACGUCCUACUACUAUCAGGCAACAGCAGCCAAACCAUGGAUCUAUUUACUCCCACAGAAUGGACAGCUGUGAGAAUAACGCCCUACCCCAGCUCUCCGUAAGGGACUUGCAGUGCUUGGAUACAGCCCCACAGUCCUCCGUAAUGAGCCAGUCGGAGUCCCAGACACUCUUCCACAUGCAGCACCAAAGGGAUGAGCAAGCAUCGGAGAGCCAGGCCCAGAAUCAUCUAGGCAACCAAAACCAGGGUCUGCAGACUGUGUGGCCCACUUUCAAUGCGGUCCAGAGCCCAUUUAACGGGUCAGUACCUGGAGGUGGAGGGGGGUCCCAAGGGCUUGGCUCUUUCCCCUUCCUUGACGGCAUGCAAGGGGAUGAUUUGCUGAAGUGCUUAGUGGGAGGAGGUUCUCAGACUGGCUUCCAGCUGAAGCAGGAGCCCCAGAUGACAGUGGGACAAGACACCCAUGCCUCACUCAUGCAAUCCCAAAGGGAGAGCCAAGGAAAUACUUACACCAACUUGCUUCCUCGUCCUAUGAGCAAUGGCACGAAUAUGAAUCAAGUGAUACACGAUGGUAGUGGCAAUAGCCAGGCUUUCAAAAAUAUGCAGAAUCCUUACCCAAACAACAGCAUGGCCCCAGAGAAUCACUUUUCAACAUUGGCUGACUGGAUUGAAGCAACCCGGCAAAGCGACUAGAGUCAGUGACAUAUGUUGUAUAUAUUAUCUUGUUUUACCUUAUAAAUCCAGAAAUGUUGCUCUCUCCCACUUUGGCAUGGUAAGGCUCAGUGGACACUUCGGUUAUUUCAUCUGUGGGCAUGAGACCAAGAUUAUUGGCAGGCAUUUGGAUUCAUAACCAAUGAUUGUUUUGUGGUUUCUUGGUGGCACAACCGAUUACUGUCUAUAUUCCUUUUUUGCAAAAACAUCACAUUGGUCUUUGCUUCCAAUUAUAAAUCGGUAAUGACACAUAUCUUCCCAAAUCUAUCAAUCAUAACUUGGUGUUUUGGCCGGUUUAAGGCCAUGCAGCUCCAUGAACCUCUAUCAUUGUAUAUCAAGGAGAUUUCAAGGUCAUUCCGUGAUCAGUGUAAAGUGUGCUUCUGGUAUUGUUCUACCCCAACCCUCUUGGUUUGCACCAUUCACUCCCUCUUAUUCAAUUAUUGGUUUGGCAUCCAGCAGGUGGUUUUCUCCAAAUUACUCCAUAAAACCGAGCUCACAUUUCUUCACCUGGUUUCUGCGAGGCUAAGACCUGCACGUGGAUGACCUCUGCCUAAGACUGUAAAGAUGAUAAUGAUCUCAUCAAAUGAUACGCUGAAGCAAGUUCGAUUUUUAAAGAGGUGAAUGUGCGUCUCUCUUUCUUUCUUUCUUUCUUUGUCUCUCUCAGGUGAAGUUGGAUUCACUGUAUACAUACUGUAUAUAAAUUAAUGUUUUCUUUGGUGUUUGAUGCUAAAGAAAACAGGGGUAAGUGAAUGUUAGGGAUUUUGAAAAUACAGCAUAAAAAUGGCUUAUCAUCAUGGGUUUACUUGUUGAUGCUUUUUAAGAGAUUUAUACAUAUGUGUCAGUUAAGGUGUGCAACUGUUUCAUUUAUUUCUUUAACAGAGCUGUUAAAUGCUCUCUGUAUAUACAUGUUAGCCAUAGUUGAGGGUGAAUGCAGAAACUAUGCUGAAACACUCAAGAAGUGGCAAGGUACUGAAAUUUCCAUUGAGGAAGUGGGAGGAAGCACAUUCAGAAGUGUCUUUCCUUGUAAUGACUAUGUCAUACCAGUGAUCACAUGUAUUAUCCAGAGUUCUCAGAGCAUUUCUACCAGAUGUUUUAUAGAUAAACAUGUCAUUUUUUUUGUUAUUGUUGUAAAUGUUCAACUGAUGCUCUUAGGGACUGUUCGACGGAGUUCUUUGUGACUAGACACGUGGCUGAUGUUGGAGGAGAACCUGGUGGAAGCCUGCAGAGCAACUUUGUUAUAAUCAGCCCAGCUCAGCCUACAUGCUUUCUGACUUGUAUAUCUUCCAGAAGCUUUUGGAUAUUAUUUUGUUGGCUUUGUAAGUUUUGCUUUUUUUUUUUUUUUUUUGUACUGAAUCUUUUCUUAAUAAAUAAAAACUUUGUCCACAUCUUU